AUCAGAAUGACGAUUGCAUUUAAUUUCGCGAUAAGAGCGUUUAUCGUACUUUGUACAUUGGCCCCCAGCGAGAGUCAGCUUUGGAAACCAUAUAAAGGCACUGGGAUCCAACAAUUGGAAACGGAUAAACAGUCACAUUCCUUGAUUCAUAACUUUGGACUUGGCAACCGAAAUAUGGAAGGCUCUGCCCAGUCGCAGUUUCAAUCUCAGUCCCAAUCACGCUUUCUGCCACAAUCACCGUCAAGCUCACAAUCACUGCCUCAAAUACAAUCAGAAUUAAGCUCACUAACCUCAGGAUCACUGUCCCAAUUACAGUCCCAACUAAACCAACUGCAGUCCAAAAUUCAGUCCCAAGAAGACUCACAGCCAUCAUUGAACACUCAAUCUCAGUUGCAAUCGCAAAUACAGUAUGGAACUGGGCAAAACUUAGUACAGUCUCCUAAUGGGACUAUGACUUUUCCACGUGAACGGAAUCCUCCUCCUCUGGUUUUACAACCAAGACCCAAACUGGUUAAAAUCGAAGAACCACCAUAUAAUGGAAAUCCUAUUACUCCUCAACGCAAGCUUAUUCAAAAGGUAUCACUUCCUCACUACUUGAUACGGAAUCAGGAGUCAAAUCCUGGGUUAUUGACCAUUGAUACUCAAUCAAUACCAAAAUCCAAUUUCUAUGUUUUAACUCCACUCACAGAUAUGCAGGCGCAGUUACAGUCGCAGUCACAGUCGCGGUCGAACUCACAAUUGUUGGGAUCUCAAUUAAACUCACAGUCGUCAGCAGCACAGUCUCAGUUGCAGUCCAACUCACAAUCUUCAGGAUCGCAGUCCCAAUUUCAGUCUCAAUUGAACUCACUGUCACAGUUGCAGUCCAACUCACAGUCGUCAGGAUCCUCGUCCCAAUUUCAGUCUCAAACAAACUCACAGUCGUCGGGAUCAAAGUCUCAAUUACAGUCCCAAUCAAAAUCACAGUCAGCUGAUUCACUAUCCCAAUUGCAGUCACAGUUGCAGUCCAACUCACAAUCGUUAGGAUUACUGUCCCAGUCACAGUCACAGUCCCAAUCAAACAAAUUACUGUCCAACUCAAAGGCAGUCUCAAUCUUUCCAUCACCUGACAUACAGUCCCAAUUGCCUUCACAGUCGCGGUCAAAUUCACAACUGCCAGGAUCUCAAUUAAACUCACAGUCGUCAGGAGCACAGAAUCAAUUACAGUCCAACUUAAAAUCUUCAGGAUCGCAGUCCCAAUUUCAAUCUCAAUUGAACUCAUUGUCGUCUGACUUAAUGUCCCAAUUGCAGUCACAGUUGCAGUCCAAUUCACAGUCGUCAGGAUCCUCGUCCCAAUUUCAGUCUCAAACAAACUCACAGUCGUCGGGAUCAAAGUCUCAAUUACAGUCCCAAUCAAAAUCACAGUCAGCUGAUUCACUAUCCCAAUUGCAGUCACAGUUGCAGUCCAACUCACAAUCGUUAGGAUUACUGUCCCAGUCACAGUCACAGUCCCAAUCAAACAAAUUACUGUCCAAUUCAAAGGCAGUCUCAAUCUUGCCAUCACCUGACAUACAAUCCCAAUUGCCUUCACAGUCGCGGUCAAAUUCACAACUGCCAGGAUCUCAAUUAAACUCACAGUCGUCAGGAGCACAGAAUCAAUUACAGUCCAACUUAAAAUCUUCAGGAUCGCAGUCCCAAUUUCAAUCUCAAUUGAACUCAUUGUCGUCUGACUUAAUGUCCCAAUUGCAGUCACAGUUGCAGUCCAAUUCACAGUCGUCAGGAUCCUCGUCCCAAUUUCAGUCUCAAACAAACUCACAGUCGUCGGGAUCAAAGUCUCAAUUACAGUCCCAAUCAAAAUCACAGUCAGCUGAUUCACUAUCCCAAUUGCAGUCACAGUUGCAGUCCAACUCACAAUCGUUAGGAUUACUGUCCCAGUCACAGUCACAGUCCCAAUCAAACAAAUUACUGUCCAAUUCAAAGGCAGUCUCAAUCUUGCCAUCACCUGACAUACAAUCCCAAUUGCCUUCACAGUCGCGGUCAAAUUCACAACUGCCAGGAUCUCAAUUAAACUCACAGUCGUCAGGAGCACAGAAUCAAUUACAGUCCAACUUAAAAUCUUCAGGAUCGCAGUCCCAAUUUCAAUCUCAAUUGAACUCAUUGUCGUCUGACUUAAUGUCCCAAUUGCAGUCACAGUUGCAGUCCAAUUCACAGUCGUCAGGAUCCUCGUCCCAAUUUCAGUCUCAAACAAACUCACAGUCGUCGGGUUCUAAGUCUCAUUUACAGUCCCAAUCAAAAUCACAGUCAGCUGAUUCACUAUCCCAAUUGCAGUCACAGUUGCAGUCCAACUCACAAUCGUUAGGAUUACUGUCCCAGUCACAGUCACAGUCCCAAUCAAACAAAUUACUGUCCAAUUCAAAGGCAGUCUCAAUCUUGCCAUCACCUGACAUACAAUCCCAAUUGCCUUCACAGUCGCGGUCAAAUUCACAACUGCCAGGAUCUCAAUUAAACUCACAGUCGUCAGGAGCACAGAAUCAAUUACAGUCCAACUUAAAAUCUUCAGGAUCGCAGUCCCAAUUUCAAUCUCAAUUGAACUCAUUGUCGUCUGACUUAAUGUCCCAAUUGCAGUCACAGUUGCAGUCCAAUUCACAGUCGUCAGGAUCCUCAUCCCAAUUUCAGUCUCAAACAAACUCACAGUCGUCGGGUUCUAAGUCUCAUUUACAGUCCCAAUCAAAAUUACAGUCAGCUGAUUCACUAUCCCAACUGCUGUCACAGUUGCAGUCCAACUCACAAUCGUCAGGAUCACUGUCCCAGUCACAGUCAAAGUCCCAAUCAAACAAAUUACUGUCCAAUUCAAAGCCAGUCUCAAUCUUACCAUCACCUAGCUUACAGUCCCAAUUGCAGUCACAGUCGCAGUCAAACUCACAACUGUCAGGAUCUCAAUUAAACUUACAGUCGUCAGGAACACAGUCUCAAUUUCAGUCCCAACUAAGCUCGCUGUCCCAACUGCAGCCCAAAUCACAGUCAGAUGAGUCCCUAACCCAAUUGCAGUUACAGUCGCAGUCAGACUCACAACUGUCAGGAUCUCAAUUAAACUCACAGUCGUCAGGAACCCAGUCUCAAUUUCAGUCCCAACUGAGCUCGCAGUCCGCAGAUUUGCAGUCCCAAUUGCAGUCGAAUUCACAAUCGUCAGGAUCGCCGUCACAAUUUCAGUCUCAAUUAAACUCACAGUCGUCGGGAUCAAAGUCUCAAUUACAGUCCCAAUCAAAAUCACAGUCAGCUGAAUCACUAUCCCAAUUGCUGUCACAGUUGCAGACAAACUCACAAUCGUCAGGAUCACUGUCCCAGUCACAAUCGCAGUCCCAAUUUAACAGACUACUGUCUAAUUCAAAGCCAGUCUCAAUCUUUCCAUCACCUGACUUACAGUCCCAUUUGCAGUCACCGUCACAGUCAAACUUGCACUCAUCCCACCCACUGUCCCAUUCCCAAUCACAAUCACAGUGGCAGUCACUUGUUGCAAGUGACCGCCUGGUUGGUUCACAAUUUCCCACGUUCGGCGCCAUAGGUUCUGAGUACAAUCCGUCCGAUCAACCGUUUUAUUUCUCUGAGGCGGAUAUCGUGGAUGACUCCAAGUUGACAACGGUACAUUUGAUUGAAAAGUACGGCUACCCAUCGCAUACCCAUUACGUCAACUCAGAAGAUGGCUACACGCUCUGCCUGCAUCGAAUUCCCCGUCCUGGAGCUCAACCCGUCUUAUUGGUCCACGGCCUGAUGGGCAGUUCGGCUUCAUGGGUGGAAUUAGGACCGUCGAAUGGUCUGGCAUACAUCCUUUACCGAAAGGGUUACGAUGUCUGGAUGUUGAACACGAGGGGCAACAAAUACUCCCGUGGCCACAUUGGUCAUCGCCUGAACCCGCGCAAAUACUGGGACUUCUCGUUCCACGAGAUCGGAAAGUACGAUGUACCCGCUGCCAUCGACCUGAUCCUGAGUCUCACUAAGCAGCCGACGAUCCAGUACAUUGGCCACUCGCAGGGCUCCACGGCGUUCUUUGUCAUGUGCAGCGAAUCACCCCACUACGCCCACAAGGUGCAGCUCAUGCAAGCCCUUUCCCCAACCGUUUAUCUGCAGGCGAAUCGCAGUCCAGUGCUGCAGUUCCUCAGCAUGUUCAAGGGAAAGUAUUCGAUGUUGCUGAACCUACUCGGUGGUUACGAGAUCUCUUCUAACACCAGGCUCAUUAAGCAGUUCCGCCAGCAUAUCUGCUCCACUUCGGAGCUGGCCAGUCGCAUCUGCGACAUCUUUGACUUUGUGCUUUGCGGCUUUGACUGGAAGAGCUUCAAUAAGACGCUUACGCCCAUUGUGGCAGCACACGCCUCCCAGGGCGCCUCUGCCAAGCAGAUCUACCACUACGCACAGAUGCAGGGUGACCUCGGCUUUCAGCGAUUCGACCACGGUCCGGUGCUGAACCUUGUGCGCUACAAGUCCAGCGAUCCGCCGGCCUACAACCUCUCGCAGACGACCAGCAAGGUGGUGCUCCACCACGGCGCAGGCGACUGGCUGGGAUCCGAUGCGGAUGUGGUCCGACUGGUGGAGCGUCUGCCCAAUCUCGUCGAGAGCCGCAGGGUGAACUACGAAAGCUUCUCCCACUUCGACUUCACGCUCUCGAAGGAUGUCCGGCCUCUGGUCUACAACCACGUAAUUCACCACUUGACAAUUAAUCAGCUGAAAUAGUCCGUGAGUUUCUUUAAAAGAAUAGCCAGGGCUGAAAAGCAACACAGUAUAUGUACUAAAUAUUUUGGAAAAUAAAGGGAAAUUGGGUACGUAAGUUUGAAAAUCACUACGUUAUUUGAAAAAAACAUUGUUGCAAUGUCCAUGUUGUUAGAAAAGCAAAGCCAUGUCAUAACGUAUAUAUUUAAAUCUUAGCUUCUUAACCAUGCAGAUUCCAUUAUAGUACCUCUUAAAAUAACAAAAAUAAAGAUAACUUUUUUUUUGCAA